AGCGCAGUAAACGCACCUCUGCAGCUUAGAAUAAGACACCCACAAUCCCUGCACCCAAGUUCACCUCGACCGUCUUCAUACCAUCAAGCUCCAGUAAAAUGUCGCAGCUCAGUCCAGACACCACCCCCCUUCGAUAUUUUAAAGGUCAUACGCGCAGCAUACGCGCUGUAGCAGUUUUCCCCGAUAAACGACGCAUAGUCACGGGCUCGUUCGACAAGACGCUUCGUCUAUGGGAUUUGAAAACAGGUGUGGUGUUGAAGAAGAUGGAAGGGCAUCACAGUGGGGUGUGGGCAUUAGCGGUAUCAAGAGAUGGGCAAAUCAUAGCAAGCGGUGAUGGGAAUGGAGAGCUCAUCGCCUGGCAUGGAGAAACUGGGGAAUCACUCACCCAACCUACUUCCAAUAUUGGCCACUCCAAGCGAAUCUGGGUGUUGGAAUUUUCUCCCGAUGAUGCAAGGAAAUCCAAUAGAGUGUGGUAGUGAAGUCAAUUGCAUUCGGUAUUCGCCAUCCGGCGAACAUCUUGCUAUUGCAACAGACUUCCAUAUCGAAAUCCUGAGUUCAGGUGCGAGGGAACGCGUCGCAAAUUUCAAGGGUCACACAGGAUACAACUUGUCACUCACGUGGACGCCCGAUGGCACACGCCUUCUCUCAUCGGGUGGUAGCAAAGAUCCCAGCAUACGGGAGUGGGAUACAUUCACUUGGAAGCAGGUCGGCGAUCCCUGGAAAGGACAUACGAGCUAUAUCUGGGCCAUUGCCAUUCAUCCUGCGGGCACCCUCGUCGCUUCCUUAUCUGAAGACCAGCAUGUCCGUCUCUGGCGACUCUCAGAUAGACGAACCAUUGCCAUCUUCCAGCACUCGGCCUCGGCGAUAUCUGUCACUUUCUCCGUAGAUGACGCUUUGCCAGAGGAAGUUCCCGAGAUGAUGAUGCUGGCGCCAAAGUCUCGAGAAUCUGAUUCAAAGAUCUUCACCAUCACCACAGCCGCCCGCAAGGCAUGUGUCAUGGGCGACUUGUCUGCGGCUGAAAAGAUGCUCACGCAAGAAAUCGACGCCGAUGCCAAUAACAAUACUUCCUACGCCAACCGCUCGCUCGUUAUGGCACGCAAACUCGACUGGGACCGCGCACUUCAUGAUGCGAGUGAGUCACUCAGCAUACGUCCCUCGUUGACAGGCUAUCUUGCCAAAGGUAUCGCCCUCUGCGGGAAACAGCAGCUCUGGGACGCGAUGAAAGCAUUCGACCUCGCGUUCACAUUCACGUUCAUGUUUACGGACGGAUAUUCAAAGACGGCUCAUUUCCUUUUCUUGAUCAAGGCCAUCGCGUUGUUCAACGCAAGUCACAAUGAAGAGGCAGUGUUGCCCGUCCAAGAGCUUGCUGCCCGUCCCAAUCCCGAUCCUCUCGCUUCUCAUGUCGUGGAAGCAUAUCUGCGAGUCCAGCUGGGAACUAUUGCCAUGGAUAGCGCCCUUCACAAAGAAGCUGCUGAUCACUUCACUGCAGCUGUAAAAGUUGGAAUCUUAUUUUCUAAACUGGACAUCCAUUCUAUAUAUGAGGACUUUGUCGUGCUUUUCGGCUGGGACCUCAAGUCCUUGUGGCAAGUCGCCAAUCAGCAACGCUACCAUGCACUCUUUCGGGCAGGUCAAUUUGGAGAAGCUCUCGAAGCGUAUCGAUACAUGAUGGACAUGAGUGAUGAGACCACGAAGGCCAUCUUUCUUGCUUGGGUCAAAACUCUCAAUGAAAAAUGAAGUGCACUCUAUGCCACACACAAAGCUUGAUGCUGGGGUCCU